UGGCGCGCCUUCGGCCCGAUCACGUCGCAGCAGCUGCUGCCGAAGGUCGCGACGCCCUACAGCAGGGAGAGCUGGACCGCGCUGGUGGACUGGUCGGUCGCCCUGGCCGUGCUGCUCCUCCCGCUUUUCAGCAAGCUGCACCGCUUCGUGCACGACUACUUCCGCGUCUCCCUGCUGCGUGCGUUCUACUGCGAUGGCAAAGACGUCCCGAUGGAGGACGUGAAGAAUUGCCCCAGGGCGCCGGUGCUGCUGUUCGGCACGGUGCUCAACGACUUCCAGCGCCCAGAGGACGACGACCCCCACGCCGUCUUCGUGCUGACGCAGCACGCGGUGGGGUGCGAGCGCACCAAGUUCAUCCCCACCCCGGAGUGGCUCACGCUCAGCAAGUGCAUGACCCUCAGCAGCGCGGCCAUCGACGGUCUGGUGCUCACCAAGAUCAAGGGCUGGCACGCCAGGCUGCUGAUGGCGAUGCUCAACUUGACGCAGGGCGACACCCUGCGGUUCGACGCGGGUGAGGCCCCUCGGUGCCCUCGCCGCUGGCGGCGUGCGGAGCGCUGCCUGGACCGGGCGCCCGAGGCGCUGCUGUGGUCGGGCUUCUACCUGUCGCUGAUGCUGGCGAGCCGCGAGUCGGGGCGGAGUCAAAUCGGGCAUGUUCCUCUACAGGAGGAAUGUUCAAACAUUCAUUAUCGGUUAACCUAA